AGGGAAGGCCAGUAGAAGUAGCGGUAGAUGGUGUCGAAGGUUUUCUGGAAACCGAGAUGUCCUGCGGUCUUGGCGGCGUCGUGGUGCUCGACCAAGAGCUGAGUACGGAGGCCUCGUGCGUCGGGGAUGCAGAGUCGGCGAGUGCCUUUGGUAUCGAUGUAGAGGAGAUUGUUGUGGAGGGAGUAGUCGGGAACUGGGUCAAGAUCGCGGAGUUUGUUGUAAAUGCGGGCUUGGCGUGGAGUGAUAUCUUUCUUGGAGAGGAUGGAGGAGACRAUGGUGUUGUCAGUGCGGAUGGUGAAGUAUUGCCCGUCGGGGUACGGGCGCCAGACUGUGAGGGCGUGAAUCACGGCGAGGAGUUCCUUCUCGUUGGAGGGGUAAUUCAUCUCCGCGGAAGGAGCUUCUUGCUUUCGAAGGCGACGGGGUAUUCGCCAGGUGGAGCCUCGGGCGUUUUGGCGGCGAUCGUUCCAAUGGAAGGGCUCGUCCUUGCGGGUGAGUUCGUGAAGAGGGUAAGAGAUCUCAGAAAAGUUGCGAAUGAACGAGCGGUAAUAGUUGGCAAGGCCGAGGAAGGAACGGAGUUGGAGGGUGGUCUUGGGUGGGGGGUACUCGACGAGGGCUGUGACCUUCGAGGGGUCCAUACAGAUGCCUUUAGUGGAGACAAUAUGGCCGAGGUGUUCGACGCUCGAAGCGACAAACGUACAUUUGUUGGGCUUGGCGUAGAAUUUUUGCUCUCGGAGGAUCGAGAGGACUUGCUGGAGGUGCUGAAGGUGGGACUCGAAGGUGGGACUGAAGACAAGGAUGUCAUCAAGGUGGACGGCGACACAAACUUCGAGGAGGUUGCGGAAGAUGUGGUUCAUGGUAGAUUGGAAGGUAGCGGGGGCAUUGGUGAGUCCGAAUGGCAUCACGAGGAACUCGUAGUGCCCGAACCAAGAGCGGAAGGUGGUCUUGUGGGUGUCCUCCUCGCGAAUACGGAUCUGGUGGAAGCCACUGCGAAGGUCCAUCUUGGUGAAGUACUUGGCUCCACGGAGACGAUCAAGGAGCUCGGAAAUCCGAGGUAGGGGGUACUUGUUCUUGAUCGUGAUCCGGUUCAAGGCGCGGUAGUCUGUGCACAUGCGGAGUUUCGAAGUUCCACCUGCGGAGUUUCGAAGUUC